UUAUUCCUUACAAUGGGGUUAACAACUUACCCAGAAAUGAGACUUUGAAACCAAAUUAACCAUAGAUGUGCUGUAUUAUUUCAUUUAUAAUGGAAGAUAACCGUUCAAUUUUUAUGUUUAUUUUGACUUUCCUAGCUGUUGGCAUUUACGGUAAUUUGCUUUUAAUUCAUUUUUUAGUCUUUAAUAUCAUCGGGACUUGAGAAAAUGCACACAAUGUCCCCAACAACAACAAACUAUGCUGAUCUCUAUUCUUGGACAUUGUCUUUUUUUUUCAAAUGUAUUUAUUUAUUCUUAAUAACGUCUGAAAUUAAAAAUUAUUCUAAAGCUAUAGGUCACCUCGUAGAAAUUAACAUUCAAACAUUUCUGUUAUGUCAUUGCUGUAGAUUCGAUGGAAAAAAACAACGAUGCAACACAUUGUUCACAUUUAUAGUAAAAGCGAUACAUACAUUUACAUGAAUGAAUUUCUUACCACGUUUGUAAGAUAUGAGCGUGUUUUUUUCUGUGUGAUAUUGGCAUCCUCAACAAAAUGUAGUUCACUUUACUUCGACCUCCUCUCCGAAAUUUAAAUUUGGAAAGGCGUAAAAAAAACUAUACACAUAUUUACCAUACUUUCGAAGAAAACACAUACUACCUGUGUCCAUGUCUCUAGCUUCAACAAGUUUUCCAAAAAUGUUCGGAUGUUAUAUGUAAAAAAUAAAUUUUGACAUAAUAACUAGUAACGCAUAUUCCGCUCAUGCUUUAACCUUAUGUAUGUUAAAGAAAUUGUUUUCCUACAUUCUUCACUGAAAUCCAUUUUUUUACAACAAAUACGAUUUUUUUCUUUGUAGAAAUGUAUGCCAGCCAAAUGGUUUACGCCAUGAAUGAGGUCACUGACCCUUACGUAAGGCUGAUACCUACAGAAACAGCUGCACCCGUCUUCAGUACGGUGGGCUGUGCAGCAAGGUGUUUCAGAAGUGAUGCCGCCUGUUACAGUUUUAAUUAUAACACAAGAACAAAACUGUGCACCAUGGGUAAGACAGUCGCUCAUUUAGGUAGUGAAGUUAGUAACUUGGAUGUAGUAUAGCAGGUUAUCUAACGAACACUUAGUAAAAAGGAAAAUUCAGAUUUAAUAUAGCAGGAUAUCUGAUUAACACAGUGUCGUGAAUAUUACUUUGAAUUUAGUGCAGUAGGAUAUCUAAGUCCAACAAAUUGUCAAUCAUACUUUCGAUUUCGUAUAGUAGCAUAUCUGAAGCGCAAAAAUUGUCAUAAAUAUUACUUUGGUUUUAGUAUAGUAGAAUGCCUAACUCGUGCUGUGCAGAAACAUUACUUUGGUUUAAGUAUAGUAUGGUAUCUAACUCGCACUUAGUAAAAAUGAAUACUUUUGAUUUAGAAUAAUGCGAUAUCUAGCUCGGACAUUGCCUGAAAGGUUAAAUGAAAUUGGCAAAUUAUAUCCUUCAGUCAUCAAUGCUCAUUUAAUAAUUAUAACGUACCUCGUAUAUGUUUGACUUAUUUUAUCUAAACUAAAAUUAUUUUUAUAAAAAUCAAAAAUUAAAAAAAAAAUAAAAAAAUAAAUACCAGUAUUCAAGCUGAUCUUGGCCAGGCUCUUCAAAGAUAUUGAACUUACCUAGAACAAUUCUAUUGAUGUUUUAUGAUCUCUUCAAUGACGAAAUGUAGAUAUUAGAGUCUUGUGCUCAUCAAACCCUUCGAAGCCAGACGCCCACCCGUGGGACAUCCUAGUCUCUCACUUCUUCACCACGGACCAGUGCAACCGACAUCAACACAGCAAACACUGAAUAUCUUGAUAUAAUUUAUAACGCUAUAAGUUUAUGAUGCAUCGUCAAAACCUGACGGAACAGUGUACACUAACAAUCAAAUUCGUAUACAAAUCAACGUCCCCCCUAAAUGAUAUAUCCAGCCGAAAUCCUGAACACACAAAAAAACAACAAGCCACGCCGUGAAUCUCACCAAUCUAUCGGCCACUAAACUAACGCGUCAUUUCCCUUUACCCAAAUACGUCUCAACAAUCACACUUAAUAGAUACGGCUGCACCGUCAUGAAAUCUCUAAACUAAACAUCUUUUCAAAUUCCAAACAUAACAAUAGUGAUCUACAGAUAACAACAGUGAUUCUCAUACCCUGGUCGGUCAACCCCCGACCCUCAACCACACAUACACACCCACAAACACAAGGGCAAUUUAAAUAGUAGAAAUACAAAAAAAAAAGGUUUCUACAGGAGUGACUAUACAAAUAAAUAAGACAGCACACCUUCGGUGGCAUGUACAUCUCUCUCUCUCUCUCUCUAUAUAUAUAUAUAUAUAUAUAUGUGUGUGUGUGUAAAUUAAGCGCCAUGUUUUAUGAUCAUGUGAUUUUACAUUUGAUGUGAUUUUCAACAUUGAAAUAACAAUUUCUUUUGUUAUCUCUUUACACAAAUUUUUUUCUUAAUGUUUUUGAAACGUCUUUGUAUUAGUUUGUAGGGCUAAACUUGGGUUUCUAGCUAUCAGUAAUAUUCAAGCCAGUGCAGAAUACUGACCGCAACAGUUUUCUUGCGCCCGAUAAUUCCUUAUGGUUGCUGGGGGUUACCGACAGGCUAACUUUGUGCUUACGGUCCUCGUUGCACAACACACCUUUUAGAAUGUACAUUAAUGCUAUUAAUGUCGACAAUGCAAUCACCCUAUACGGAAGUAUAAAAUGUUAUGAACAGCCGUUCAAAACCAUUCCAUUUAGGCUCCUUGCGUAUAUAAAUCACAGUUCAUACGUAUUGGUUUUUUUUUGUUUUUUUUGGGUUGUUUUUGUGUAUUUUUUUUUACUUUUGACCUGCUGGAUAUUAUUUUAAUGUGAUUUUAUCUUAGAAAAAUCAUACUUUAAAAAUAAAUUAAAUCUAUUGAGCAUUUACAAUUAUUUUGCAGGUUCGUGGAUGUAUAAUUCCAUGUCACCAAGAGAGCCCGACACUGAACUACUUUACCAAGAUUCACCAUGCAAACAGUACGUGGACUUCAAGCUUUAUUUUAAAGGAAAUGUCAGCUCUUGUUUGUGGAUAUCCUGUACAAAACGAAACUACACAGAUGCAAGGAAAUUUUGUCUAGGUAAAUUUGGAUUAAUUCAUUGUAAUUUAAAAAAAAAAAAAAAAUUACUUAAUCUGUUUCAGCUGAUUUAAAUUGGCAAAAUAUAUAUUUUUUUUAAAAAUUACAUUUUCAAUUAUCCAAGUAAGCAGUGAUAAUGAUAAGUAAAUUAAAAACUUUACUUUGACUUCUGGAUAAUUUCUAACUAUUUUAACACAACUGUAGAUUACGACUCUAAAUACACGCUUUUUAAGAACAAUUUUCGUUAGAGAUCACCACAUUAGCUGGGCACAUCAAUAUGUGAUUUUUUUCUUAACAAAGUGUACUCAUCCAUAUCAUAAUACUAUCUGCACUUGAGUAUUUAAAAACAUAAUAAAUUUUGCUUCUUAAACUUUAUUUAACGACUUAAAAAAACAAAAAAAACAAUGUCCUAUUCUCAACAAAAAUUACUUUUCCUUCUGUUCACACGUUUACACACUGACAGAUUACAACUCAACACUGUACACAAUGAAGAUCAGCGAAAAGAUCGACAUACUCAAUGAAACGUUCAAGACACUGAUGCCGUCUUCAAAUAAUGGCAUUUGGUCUUGGAUAGGACUGAACAACAUGCAAAAAAAUGACUCAUACAUAUGGGAGGAC